AUGUACUCGGCCCAGCCAGGCAAGUCUGUUCUCUACAUCCCCUUCGCCACAGUCAUCAGCUAUCAUGACCAGAAAUCUUCACCGAGCUCGCUUAGGCUGCAGGUCAAGCCAGCGGCGGUCCGCCUUCCCGGCGCGCUGGCUGUCUCCGCCGUCACAGCUCACAAGACCCCCGAAAGUUUGGCUUUGAUCCGAUUGGUUGAAGUCCUCAAGCGCAAUGCACUGACGGCACCCUUUGAACGCGCAUUUGAAAUCCAGAAGGCACUCAAAGCUAAUCCUUCUAAUCCUGAUGUGGCGCCCACCAAUUGGGACCCUAUGGCCCUCAAAUAUCGCCCAGAGGAAGCAAUCUAUGCGAAUAUUGACAUUGACGGGGUCACCGUCAUGUUCAGUACGACUUUUCAAGAGGAUACUUAA